GAAUGAUGCAAUAUUAAUGCUUUCUAUGUACAGCMUUACAAGAAUCUUCUUUAAGGAGUUGCGGUAAGAUAAACACUGAGAAUUAUUUUUCUCUGGUACAAUGUGUUGAAGCAAAGGAACUGGAAUUGUCCACGCUUGUACAAGCUAAGAACUUAAAAUGUUUGCCAUUUUGUGAGCGGAAGCAGUUCUGGAGUGAAUUGAACUUCUGAAAAUGCGGCCAUGGACUGGUUCCUGGCGUUGGAUUAUGCUCAUCCUCUUUGCUUGGGGAACUUUACUCUUUUAUAUUGGUGGACACCUGGUACGAGACAGCGAGCACCCCGAUCACUCCAGUCGUGAAUUAUCCAAGAUCCUCGCUAAACUUGAACGGUUAAAGCAGCAAAAUGAAGACUUAAGGCGCAUGGCAGAAUCUCUCAGGAUACCAGAYGGUCCCGUUGAUCAGGGACCAGCUGCAGGAAAGGUACAUGCUUUAGAGGAGCAACUUCUAAAGGCCAAAGAACAGAUAGAAAACUAUMAGAAGCGGACAGGAGAUGAAGGCCUUGGGAAAGACCAUGAAAUACUGAGGAGGAGGAUUGAAAAUGGGGCUAAGGAACUUUGGUUUUUCCUCCAGAGUGAACUGAAGAAAUUGAAAAGUCUAGAAGGAAGUGAACUGCAAACACGCAUCGAUGAAUUUCUGUCUGAUUUGGGUCAUCAGGAAAGGUCCAUAAUGACCGACUUGUACUACCUCAGUCAAACAGAUGGAGCAGGAGAUUGGCGAGAAAAAGAGGCCAAAGAUCUAACAGAUUUGGUACAGAGGAGAAUAACUUAUUUACAGAACCCGAAGGAUUGCAGCAAAGCUAAGAAACUCGUGUGCAACAUCAACAAAGGCUGUGGCUAUGGCUGCCAGCUUCACCACGUGGUCUAUUGCUUCAUGAUCGCGUACGGCACCCAGCGCACGCUCAUCCUGGAGUCGCAGAACUGGCGCUACGCCACCGGCGGCUGGGAGACCGUGUUCCGCCCCGUCAGCGAGACCUGCACCGACAGAUCGGGCUCCACCACUGGCCACUGGUCAGGUGAGGCUAAUGAUAAGGAUGUUCAGGUGGUGGAACUUCCCAUUGUUGACAGCUUGCACCCACGGCCACCUUAUUUGCCCUUGGCUGUCCCUGAAGACUUGGCUGAUAGACUAAUUCGUGUACAUGGGGAUCCUGCAGUGUGGUGGGUCUCACAGUUUGUGAAAUACUUGAUUCGUCCACAGCCUUGGCUAGAAAAGGAAAUAGAGGAAGCCACAAGGAAACUUGGUUUCAAACAUCCAGUGAUCGGAGUUCACGUCCGAAGGACAGACAAAGUAGGGACAGAGGCAGCGUUUCACCCCAUCGAGGAGUACAUGGUACACGUGGAAGAGCGCUUUGAGCUUCUGGCUCGCAGGAUGCACGUCGAUAAAAAAAGAGUGUAUUUGGCUACAGAUGACCCUUCAUUGUUGCAAGAGGCAAAAUCCAAGUAUCCAAAUUAUGAAUUUAUCAGUGAUAACUCCAUAUCCUGGUCAGCAGGACUCCAUAACCGAUAUACUGAGAACUCCCUAAGAGGUGUCAUUCUGGAUAUUCACUUUUUGUCUCAGGCAGACUUCCUGGUCUGUACAUUUUCAUCCCAGGUUUGUCGAGUUGCCUAUGAAAUUAUGCAGACKUUGCAUCCAGAUGCCUCAGCGUAUUUUCAUUCUUUGGAUGACAUCUACUACUUUGGGGGACAGAAUGCUCACAACCAGAUUGCUAUUUAUGCUCAUCAUCCACGAACUGCUGACGAAAUUCCUAUGGAACCUGGAGAUAUAAUUGGAGUGGCUGGAAACCACUGGGAUGGUUAUUCAAAAGGCAUCAAUAGGAAAUUAGGAAGAACAGGCCUGUACCCAUCCUAUAAAGUUAAGGAGAAAAUUGAGACAGUCAAGUAUCCUACAUACCCAGAGGCUGACAAGUAGAUUAAAAGGAAGACAUUCAUCAGUGAUUCUCAAUUUUGACCGGUUCAAACCAGUCAACAACACACUAACUAUUGGUUUCUAUGGGAUUUGAAUUUGCAUUUUAUCAUGMGGUUAAAAUCAAAGCCUUUGCAGUGAAACUGGAUAAGAAGCUGAGAACAAGUGGAUGGGCUGUUAUCUGAACUUAAACAUUUUUGUUAUACGCACUCUCACACAUGCACACACAAACCCACGUACAACAGGAGACUGUUGUUUUAUACUUUUUGUCUCUUUUCAAGAGUUGUCCCAGUCAUUAGUCUUACGUGAGCUUUGGGCUCUUUUCUCCGCCAUUAAUUGACAAUAAUGUUCAGACUUACAACACUGCCACAUUGUGUAAUUUGAGUGACAUGAACAUAUUUUGUAUGUGCAAAAUUUGAAACAUGGUGCCUAUAUUUGAAAAGUUUGUGACCUUUUUAGAAGAGCCAUGCCUGUUUCACAAUGGGCAAGAGUCAACUUUCAUCUGGUGUUACUGUGACCACUGAACUUGCUUCAAACAACAGAUUCAGAUUUCAGACUAGAUUUCUUUAAAAGGUUGGGGUUUUUUUUUAGCAUUCCAUUGAUUACUUCUCAUCAUUAAUAAAAUAAAGGUUACAUUCAACAAUAAAGUAGUCACUGUCUCUUAGGAACUUUUGUGCACAAUGUCAUGAACAGAUUCUUUAGUACUGGUAAUUUCUGGACAUUGAUUGGAAAAGACCACCACCACAAAAUCCACAAAGAAGGAAAAAGUAGCCGGAGUUUCAUUGAAUUUUAAAAUACUUGUGUACUACAACAGUUUGUGUAGGGGCACAGUGCUACUCAGCUUUGUGGGCAGUAGGUAACAGCAGGAUUACUUCAGUGGCUAAAUUGCUUACAGUUACCCUCUAACACUAUUUCUUAAAUAUUCUGUUUCUCUUCUGAAAAUAAUUCGGGGUUUAGGGUAUUAUGGAUGGCCACUUAUCAUUUUGUCAUUGAAUGUCAUUAGUUUUAAGGAAAAUACUUCAGAUUAUCCCAUUUAUAGAAGCUGUCAGUCUUGACUACUUYAAAAAAUCGAACAGCUUAUCCAAAAAUAGUAGAUUCCAAGAAAAUAUACAAGGAUGAAUUUUUAUGCAUGUCAUAUGAUUGUUAGUAAUUCUUAGUGUUUUGAAAUCUGUUGCUAGUCAACUCUCCAUUAAGAAAAGAGAUAAUUUACAAAAUAAUUUUACAAACAUAUUCAUGGACUUGAUGGUUGUGUAUAUACAAUAUGUGAGAUAACAAGAGAUUGUUUCCAAAUAAAAAGAAUAUUAAUAGCAUUUUGUAGGUUCUAGUGCAAUCCGGUCUGGAUUACUGGAAGUGCAGAAAAUGUUUACUGUUCAGAGACUGAGAAAAUGCCACAUGAUUAAAGAUUACAAAAGCAUGGCUAGUUGACCUUGGCAAAGCAAAAGUAUACUUAAUUAUGUUUAUGAAUGGACCAAGGACAGUGUUAACAUAAUGAAUGGAUGCACUUGACCAUGAAUAAAUUUCAGGCUGAAAACCAAAAGAAAUCUCAGGCAAUGUGCGGUUCAGCAGCAGGCUUCCAGCUGAAAUAGUGGUGAGAUGGAACUGGAUUGGUGCGUGAAGGAAUUACAGAGUAGUGCCCUCUGACAUUACUGAUCUGAUCCUGUAGGUCCCCUCCAGUAAGGUGUUCCUCAACUGAAAAACCAUUUUGUGUCUUGAAAAAGAAUAAUAAAAUSAAAGUUGAAACACUUAUGGCGAAAAAGAUACAUUGACCAUAGUGUUAAACAGACAUAUCAGUAAAAAUCAGCAUAGAUACAGAAURAGAUUUAAAGACUGAUUGAAGGAUAAUGCUAAAUUAGCAAGAGUGACCAGGAAAUUCUAAAGAUUAUGAAUUUUUGCAACAAAAGGUACCUAGAGUCAGUUGGUCUUUCUGUAUUUUGGAACUGCUAAAGAGAAAGCUUUGUUGUCUUGCUGUCUAAGUGAUGCUGAUAAAUUUUCCACUAAUCCAGGCAAAUGUGAUAUUUCAGAGGUACAAAUGUAGGCUAAAUUAUAACUUUUUACUUUAUUUUGAAUUGUACAAAUAAAGCUACUACUACUUUCCUCUUCAACUUGAAAAAAAAAUCAAAACCCAUGAACAUUUCUUCCUCAACAAUUAAGUCAAUGCAUUUUAUUUUUGGGAAAAGCUAAUUUAAUUGGUUCUCCACAAAUACUAUUUUAGUUACUUGGUAUUUAUAGAUUUUGAAAAUGUUUUAUUUUUUAAGCUAUUUACUUACAGCUUCAGAGCCCAUAAUUUCUAGCUCAUUUCUUAGAGUGUGAUUCAGAAAUAGUAUUCAUAAAUAAUUAACAUGAAAAUUUUUACAUAGUCAGGUAGCUCAGUUGAAAAUACAACUAAAGAAGAUCAAAAGCAGAGCAUCUAAGAUGAGCCCAAAGGCAAGAGCGGAUCUUCUGGUGUGGUAAUGAGRGAACUGAAAACACUGAUGUUGUAGAGACGUAACUAUAAUGUGACAGUUCCUCAGCAGAAUGUGGUGACAAAAUAUUGGCAAGGUACAUAUGCCUCCUUACAUCCUCUAAGUACAUAAUGAAUAAUUAGGUCAUCAUCUUUGAGAAAAUGAUCAUGAAAUGAUACAAAUUUAUAGUGUUACUGUUAAUAAUUCAGAAAUGUACUAAUGUAGAUGCUAUGAUCUUAUUCCCCAGGGUCAUAUGAUCCUCUAGUGCUUAAAAGUCAGUACUUCUGAGGGGAAGAAGUCUAGUAAUACACUGCUUGUUAGAUGCAUCUGUUUCUAGAAAUUGGUUUCCUUUAAGACUGCCAAUUAGUUGUGUCUUGGAAUUCUGGGACAUUGGUACAKUAAAACCAAAUUUGUUUUAUAUUAAAGAAAAUGAGUAUUCGAGACUUUAUUCUCGGUGUACAGUGGAGUCCAGCUAAUGUGGAAGGAUCCAUGGGUAGAUGGGAAGGAGACCCCCAGAUUUUUAUUGAAACUCACAGAAAAAUUAAAUAAUAGGAAAUAAAAAUUUUGUCUUAAAUACCUGUGAGGAAGCUGAAUCUUUUGAAGGCUGUGAACUCAUUAAGAUACGAGCCAGAACUCUUGCAAGGAAGCAGACAUACAUCAUGUUUGUUCUGUUUACCUUGGAGCUCUGCAACAAUCCAGUCUUGUACUUUUUUGCCUCUUACCAAACCACCUUCUUUGACAUCCAUAAAACAAUUUUUCCUCCCAGAGAAUCAUUGGUGCGAUUGUGUGCGUAUGCAUGGUGCAUACAUAAAACUCCAUAUGAACAGCACUUUUGUUCUUUGCUAUUUUACAUUAUCACUGCCACAUUCUCUAAAAUCUUACCUGCCAGGUAAAUGUAGUCUCUGGGAACUUCAUAUUCUACAUGCUGCUUGGAAGGUGAGAAAUUUAUUCUGAUUUGUUCAAUUGACUGGUCUUCUGUGACAUUGAUGUGCCACCGACCGGARUUCUGUCCUUGAUUUUCAGCCCAGCCCACAGUCAAAUGUGUGGGAUUUACAAGCUUUCUCUACCAACAUUCUGCCUAUGUGAACUGCUGAGUAUUAUGGAUUUGUUCAUGAAGGAUUAUGUUUUGGUUCAAAGUUUUUACAUAUUUUUAAAUGCUUACCUUCAGAUAAGUGUAUUGUUUACUCCUUCUACCACUGAAUUUUAGGAAAACUUCAAGGAAAAUGGAAAGAGUUUUUUCCUUUACCAAUUUUCAGAAAGGAGAACUGAUGAUAYCUUUUUUUACAAAGAGAUAUUUGCAAUGUAAAUAUUCCCUUCAUAAUGGGUUUUAUGUUUCUUUGGUUUGCAAUAAUGAAAUAAGGGUGUUCUGAGCUAGGAAUGUAAUAUAGAAUAAGUGGAAAGUUUUCAGGACAAGUUCUUGAUAGGGAGAGGGAGAUUUUUCUUCAUGCCAGUGGAACAGCACCUACACUUGGAACCUCUUCAAACAGUGAAUUGAACUUGGUUUUUCCAGGUCAUUAGUUUCUUCACAAUGUARUCUCUGAUGUGGCUGAGGAACCCAGAUAAAAAUAAUUUGCUUAAUUUUGGAGAUGGGAGGGAGAGAGGGUCUUAUUAAUAAGACAUGAUACUGUGCUUUUAAUUUGAGUUGCUAUAUCAGCUUAUAAAGCCACAAAUAAACAUUUCAGUACUGGGUUAAGGACCUCUGCCAGUGAAAUCAUUGUUCUAUUUGCCAAAAGUAGAAGUUGCAACCCUCCUUUUGAUUUUGCCUAAUACCAGUUCCAGUCAUGUGUAUAAAGAGCAUGGUUGUAUUCUGAUCGUUGAUUGUUAUUAUAUCACAGUGUCAUUCCUAUUUUGGUGGCCUGGGAGCAGGUUGUCAAGGGGCUCAAAAGGUUACUUGGUUUUCUUAUAGUUUAAAAUUAAAACUGCAUUUAAAGCUCACUUAAAUUCUACUUUUCUGAGGUGCCACUAGAAUUGUAAUUAUAGUCUUCAGAUUUUUGUCAAGGUACUCUCUAUGUACCUGCAAGCUUACCUGGAACAAGACUGAAGCAAAGUUAUUUAUACAUACGAACUGCAUACAGGUUGUGUUAGACUUCAUGGUAUCCUGUUAAUUUCUAAAAUUCAUGAAAUGUGGCACCACAUGACACAAAUAACGGGAUCGUAUAAAAUACCCAAGUCUGCAAAAAAAAAUUGCUUGUCUGUUUGCUUGAAUCGCUGGUUGCAGUUACUGCGU